CGCGGACCGUGCGCGCCGGGGGCGCCAGAUGUGCAGUCCCCGCCGCCGCCAGUGACCGAGCCGCAGCCCGAGCGGGAUCGGGCCGCCUCCCCAAUGCUGCGGGGGCGACCUUGAGCGCACCCCGGCUUGCCUCGGCGGGGACCCCGACACCCCGAGCGCUGUGCCCGGACCUGCCCUCUCCAGCCCGGCUCGCCCCGCGUUUGGACAUGGAGGGGGCCGCUGCGCCCGCGGCGGGGGACGGCCCGGACUUGGGGCCGGGGGCGCCGGGCUCUCUCCCUGAGGCGGUGGCGGGGGCCACCGCAGCCCCCGCGGCGGCGGCCCCGGAGCCCAGGAAGCCGCACGGGGUGAAGCGGCAUCACCACAAGCACAACUUGAAGCACCGCUACGAGCUGCAGGAGACCCUGGGCAAAGGCACCUACGGCAAAGUCAAGAGGGCCACCGAGAGGUUUUCGGGCCGAGUGGUUGCUAUAAAAUCCAUUCGUAAGGACAAAAUUAAGGAUGAACAAGACAUGGUUCACAUCAGACGAGAGAUUGAGAUCAUGUCAUCCCUCAGCCACCCUCAUAUCAUCAGUAUUUAUGAAGUGUUUGAGAACAAAGAUAAGAUUGUGAUCAUCAUGGAGUACGCAAGCAAAGGGGAGCUGUACGAUUUCAUCAGCGAGCGGCGACGCCUCAGCGAGAGGGAGACCAGGCACUUCUUCCGGCAGAUCGUCUCCGCUGUGCACUAUUGUCACAAGAACGGCGUGGUCCACCGAGACUUGAAGCUGGAAAAUAUACUGCUUGAUGACAACUGCAAUAUUAAGAUUGCUGACUUUGGGCUUUCCAACCUGUACCAGAAGGACAAGUUCUUGCAAACGUUUUGUGGGAGCCCCCUCUACGCAUCUCCUGAAAUUGUCAAUGGGAGGCCUUACCGAGGGCCAGAGGUGGACAGCUGGGCCCUGGGCGUGUUGCUUUACACUCUCGUUUAUGGAACAAUGCCCUUUGAUGGUUUCGAUCACAAAAACCUCAUUCGGCAGAUCAGCAGCGGAGAGUACCGGGAGCCCACGCAGCCCUCAGAUGCUCGAGGACUCAUUCGGUGGAUGCUGAUGGUGAACCCGGAUCGCCGGGCCACCAUCGAGGACAUAGCCAACCACUGGUGGGUGAACUGGGGCUACAAGAGCAGCGUCUGUGACUGCAAUGCCCUUCACAACUCCGAGUCCCCGCUCUUGGCUCGCAUUAUUGAUUGGCACCACCGUUCCACGGGGCUGCAGGCUGAGGCUGAAGCCAAAAUUAAGGGCCUGGCUAAACCCGGGGCCUCUGAGGUCAUGCUGGAGCGGCAGCGGUCGCUGAAGAAGUCCAAGAAAGAGAAUGACUUUGCCCAGUCCGGCCAGGACUCAGUGCCCGAAAGCCCAUCCAAGCUGAGUUCUAAGAGGCCCAAAGGGAUCCUGAAGAAGCGAAGCAACAGUGAGCAUCGCUCUCACAGCACUGGCUUCAUCGAAGGUGUGGUCAGUCCUGCCUUACCCUCUGCUUUCAAGAUGGAGCAGGACCUGUGCCGGACUGGCGUGCCCCUCCCAAGCUCCCCCGAGGCAGAGGUGCCAGGUAAACUCAGCCCCAAACAGUCAGCCACGAUGCCCAAGAAAGGCAUCUUGAAAAAGACCCAGCAGAGAGAAUCGGGUUACUACUCCUCCCCAGAGCGCAGCGAGUCUUCAGAGCUGUUGGACAGUAACGAUGGGAUGGGCAGCGGCAUCCCCUCCCCCAGUCCCCCGGACCCAGACAGGGUGGCUUCCCACAGCCUCUCCUGCCGCAGGAAGGGCAUCUUGAAACACAGCAGCAAGUACUCAGCAGGCGCCAUGGACCCGGCCCUCGCAAGCCCCGAAAUGCCCACACUGGAAUCCUUGCUGGAGCCGGGCGUCCCCGCCGAGGGCCUCUCCCGGAGCUACAGCCGGCCUUCCAGCGUCAUCAGCGACGACAGCGUCCUGUCCAGCGACUCCUUCGACUUGCUGGAUUUGCAGGAGAAUCGCCCCGCCCGCCAGCGCAUCCGCAGCUGCGUCUCUGCCGAAAACUUCCUCCAGAUCCAGGACUUUGAGGGGCUCCAGAACCGACCCCGGCCCCAGUACCUAAAGCGGUAUCGGAACCGGCUGGGAGACAGCAGCUUCUCCCUCCUUGCGGACAUGGAUGACGUGACUCAGGUCUACAAGAAAGCGCUGGAGAUCUGCAACAAGCUCAACUAGCUCCCCCAGGGUGCAGGGCGGGGUGG